AUGGUUGGUGGUUUAGGUUAUCGAGAUUUACAACAGUUUAAUCUUGCCUUAGUUGCUAAGCGACGGAUUAGGGAUGGGCGUUCCACUCACAUUUGGAUUGACCCUUGGAUUUUAGAAGCAAGUGAUCCUUAUAUUCGGACUGAGGUUUUUGAGAACAUGCCUUUUAUUAUGGUUUUCAAUUUGAUUUUGAAUAGGACGUGGAAUGCCAAUUUAAUUCGGACUCAUUUUCAGCAGCAUGAUUCUGACAAUAUUUUGCAUAUUCCUUUGUCUCUUAGGGAAUCUGAUGAUGAUUGGUGUUGGGCUUUAAAUCGAAAGAGUGAGUAUGUUGUGAAGGAAGGCUAUCAUGUGGCAAUGAAGGAUACUCUUGCUUAUGUAUCUGAUCAUAGUUUUCCAUGGAAUCUCACCUCGAAAGUUGUUGUUCCAGCUAAGGUAGAGCUUCUUAUUUGGCGUAUUUUACAAAAUGCUUUGCCUUGUAAGCAUAAUCUUCGAGUUCGUCAUGUGGAUACUGAUGAGUGUGGCCCUAUUUUUUGUAUUGGUCUGGAAACAGACUUUCAUGUUCUCCAUCGUUGUUCUUUUACAAGAUCUUAUUGGUUGCUGUCAAAUUUUGGUUGGGUAUCUUUUCCUUUUCUCAACACUAUGCUGCCUUAUAUUCUUACUUCUUUGCCUAUGUCUCAAGGUGAAGAGGUUUUUAUGUUGAUAUGGAGUUUGUGGACACACUAUAAUGAUGUUAUAUGGAACUAG